GAGUUUCAUGAACAUCAGCACAAAAAUGAGUUAACUGACUGGGAUAAGAAGGCACACCUAUUCAAGACUUCUUUAUUCUUAGUGUUGAAGAUUUCCUCCCAGAUGGCAAGUGAUGAAAACCCUGCAAGCUCUUGUUUUCCCUCCAAAACAAGAAGUUCUAAAAUAGAUGACAACUACUUAAAGGAAUUGAAUGAGGAUUUAAAGCUAAAGAAGCAGGAAUUGGUACAAAUACUAAAACCUCUAGAAGACAAGAAUAGCGUGUUACUUCAGAUGUUAAUGUCAAAUUUAGAGGAAAAAGAAAAAAGUCUGCAGAUCAUGCAGCAAAUCAUUUCAGGGAAGGGGAGUGAUGAAUCUUCAGUCGUGGAGCUCAUUAAGGAAGCAGAGGAGAUGAAGCAGAAUCUGGAAAGGAAAAACAAGAUGCUUCGGAAGGAAAUGGAGAUGCUAUGGAACAAGGUGACAUUCACAGAAGAACCCAGUGAUCAACCAAAAGCACCACAGACAAAAAGCAAAGCAGAUGUACAAGAUGGAAAGGUUUCUGAAGCCCCCUCAACACCUAGGAAGACCAAGAGUGAGACCAAGAAAACAACUGCAAAGAAAGCAAAGGAGAUAAGGAAUAGGCUCUUUCUUCCACCAGGAAAAGCAACAGAAGAAAAUGGAAUGGGUCAGAUAUCAGGAUCAAACCAAUACCCUUCAGAAUAACUUCAAUGGCAAAGUGAUUGAGCUGAAAAUUGAAGCCAUGAGGAACUACCAAAAAGCCAAUGACCUAAAAUUAUCACUGUACUUACAGCCGAAUUUUGAGUCAAAGCAAGCAUUUUUUAACCUCCCUUGCUCCCAAGGUACUGUCACUAUGGGUACUCCAACUAUGGUCAGAGCAACCGCAAGCAGAAAUCAGCUUAAUGUAAAUUCUUUCAUCAAAGACCGAUAAGGAAGAAUAAAGGAACAAACCUAUGGGGAGGUAAAAAA